GGCGGCCGCGCCAGUGCUCCGUCGGGUGUCAGACGCAACGGGUGUCCGCUCCGUGCCGUGCCGCGCCACGCCACGCCGCUCCGCGCCGCACCACACUGCCUGCGUCACCUGCGUUCGUGCGUGCACGCACCGCGUCCUCGUGCGUGGCCGGCUCGAUCCUCACCGCGUGCCCGUGUGUGUGUGUGUGUGUUUGUCGUGCUGUGUGGUCCUGCCCAUGCGGUUGAAUCACCAACCCUUCGUCGAUCGGUGGUGGUGAAUCGUGUCCCAGAUUUUUGUCUUCGUGGGCGAAAGCGGCGUGUUUUUGUGUGUGGCGACAGACAUCGACGUAGCCGAUUA